GUUACAGCACCUGAGUUUCACCUGAGAACAAAAUAAGCUGGAUCCACCAGUACUGAAACACUGCCAGGGCUGCAAGGACACACGUUUACUUUGGAUUAUAUUUUCACUUUAAGGGUUUUAAUGGAUUUUAGAUUUACGAGUGUGAAGCUAAAGGUGGUUCUGCUGUCUCUGCUUUCACUUCAGCUGAACACAGAUGUGACAGAGGCGAUGCAGAUUACAUCCACGGGGCCUCAGACCAUCCAAAAGGCCCAGGGGGAGACAGUGAAUCUGGGAUGUACCUAUAGCCCCGGCUCCCAAGACACAGGAGAGCUGGACAUCGAAUGGUCCAACGUCAGCCCUGACAUGACACAGAAAGACAAACUGCUCUUAUCAUAUUCAGGGGGCCAGACUCACAGCUAUAGUGACCCCAGCCUCUCAAAAAGGUUGAAGUUCAUAACAAACCCCACGCAAGGAGACGCCUCCAUCUCUAUCUCUGAUGUAAGACCCUCAGACACAGCAACCUACCAGUGUAAAGUCAAGAAAUCACCUGGUGUGGACAUGAGAAAAGUCACCCUAGUGGUAAUGGUUCCACCAUCAAGGCCGAAGUGUUGGGUGGAAGGCAGCGAGGAGAAAGGGGGCACUGUCUCCCUUCGCUGCAAAUCCUCUCAAGGAUCCACUCCUUUGAGUUAUUCAUGGACAAGAGAGAGUGGAGGAGCAAUGCCACCCACUGCAACCCAAGACCCACAGACUGGGGAGCUUUUGAUAAGGAACCACACAGACAGCUAUGUUGGAACGUAUGGAUGCGUGGUUAAAAAUGCUGUAGGCAAAGAGCAGUGCACAUAUGCGCUGCAUGCGUAUAACCCUACCAAUAAAGUGGGUGUCAUUGUCGGGGCAGUGAUAGGUGCUCUCCUGCUGCUGCUGCUGCUCCUGCUUCUCAUCUGGCUGCUGAUCUGCUGCUGCCACAAGCGACGCUAUGAAAAGGAGGUCGCAAAUGAAAUAAGGGAGGAUGUCACAGCUCCAGAGAGUCGACCUGCCAGCAGAAACUCCAGCCUCCGUUCAGUGAUGGGAUACCGCACCCACCCGGGGGUGUCAUACACGUCUGUGAACGACCAGCUGCCAAGCAUUAAUGAAUCUGGCCACGGUGUCAUCUACACAGGAGGGAGUUUGAGGACCUCACAGAGAUCCAACGGAGACCAAAAACCACCUCAUCUCAGAUAUGACCCUAAAUAUGGGUACCCAGUGUAACAACAAGCACCUGACAGACUUCUCAUUUCCAAACUCAUCACAGGAAAGAAACAAACUUUUUCUCAGUAAAAAACUUGAGUGCAAUAUUUAAAUGAAAAAUUGUUCUGUGGUGCAAUAUAAUAUAUUUAACCAGAGCAUAACUGUACAAAAAUGCGUGAUAAUAGUUGAUUUCUGGGGAAUCUGAACCUGUUGCAGCCCAGACUGACAUAACUGACUGGCUUUCUUGAUUCACUGCAACACAUCUCUGCUACUAUAAACAAGUGUAUUUAUGGAAAAGUAAUAGUUUUUAUAUUGUUAUCACACUGAUAAUAUCAGCAUCUGUAUGUAAACUGUGUACAUCAUAUAUUCAUAUUUCUUUUUUCUGUGAUGUAUUUGUAGCUUGCUUCUUACAUUUUAUAAACAUUUACAAAUAAAAUUUGUUGUAAACAUGUACAAUAAAAUAUCUUACCUAUAAUGUAAAAGUUUAAUCAC